AUGAAUGAAUUUAUUAAGCUGUGGAUCUCUUCAUGUCUUCUCCAGGUUCUUGCCCCUGCUGUUGAGUGGCUGGACUUCAUCUCAUACUUUCUCGCACCACUAGAACUAACGGAUGCUGAGCCAGUGGUGGUCUAUGGGAAGGAGUAUUUGGAGCAGGUGUCACAGCUCAUCAAUAACACUGACAAAAGUGUUUUGAACAAUUACAUGAUUUGGAAUCUGAUUCAGAAAACAGCUUCUAGCCUCGACCAGCGGUUUGAAACGGCCCAGGAGAAGCUGUUGGAGACUUUGUAUGGCACCAAAAAGUCCUGCACACCUCGCUGGCAAACAUGCAUUUCUAACACGGACGACACCUUGGGUUUUGCCCUCGGGGCCCUGUUCGUAAAAGCCACGUUCGACCGACACAGCAAGGAGAUUGCUGAGAACAUGAUUGCCGAAAUCCGUGCAGCCUUUCAAGACUCCCUAAACAAUCUCGACUGGAUGGACAAGAAGACAAAGCAAGCUGCGAAGGAGAAGGCUGAUGCCAUCUAUGACAUGAUUGGCUUCCCCGAGUUCAUCCUUGACAACAAAGAGUUGGAUGAUGUCUAUGAUGGGUAUGAAGUCUCGGAAGACUCUUUCUUUCAGAACAUGUUGAAUUUCUACAACUUCUCUGCCAGGUUUAUGGCAGACCAACUGAGGAAGCCUCCCAACCGAGACCAGUGGAGCAUGACUCCCCAGACCGUCAACGCUUAUUACCUGCCUACCAAGAAUGGCAUUGUCUUCCCUGCGGGCAUCCUCCAGGCGCCAUUCUACGCCCACAACCAUCCCAAGGCCCUCAACUUCGGAGGCAUCGGCGUCGUGAUGGGGCAUGAGCUCACCCAUGCUUUCGAUGAUCAAGGCCGAGAGUACGACAGAGAAGGCAACCUGCGUCCUUGGUGGCAAAACUCAUCCCUCGAAGCCUUCAAGAACCGGACGGAAUGCAUGGAGGAACAAUAUAGCAAAUAUCUCAUCAACGGAGAACACGUCAACGGCAAACAGACAUUGGGGGAGAACAUUGCUGACAACGGGGGCUUGAAAGCUGCUUACAACGCUUAUAAAGCUUGGCUGAAGAAGAACGGGGAGGAGAAACACCUCCCCUCCGUUGGUCUUACGAGUCACCAGCUCUUCUUUUUAGGAUUUGCCCAGGUGUGGUGUUCUGUGAGGACCCCGGAGAGCUCGCACGAGGGCCUGAUGACGGAUCCCCACAGCCCCGACAAGUUCCGGGUCAUCGGCACUCUCAGCAACUCGCGGGACUUUUUAGAGCACUUUGAAUGCCCGAUAGGCUCUUUCAUGAACCCUGGGAAGUACUGUGAAGUAUGGUAG